AUGGCUCUUGAAAAUACGGUCCAAUUAUCCGAGAAAUACGAAGCAGUUAUGGUUCUCAGUGGAGUGGGGGAUGCUCUAGGUUAUAAGAAUGGUUUGUGGGAAUUCUGUUAUAGUGGUACUCAAAUGCAUGAAAAACUAGAAAAACUCGGAGGACUUGAUAAAAUUGACAUUAAAGGAUGGAGGGUUAGUGACGACACUGUACUACACAUUGCUACAGCAGAAGCGUUGGUUUCGGAAUGGGCAACAACGGAAGAGUUAGUGAGCAUUAUGGCUACAAAGUACAAGAAGACAUGUGCUGAGGAUAUAUGGGAAAGUUCUCCUGGUCAGACCACAACAAAGGCAUGUUUCAUGUUACGACCUCUUGAGGAAAAAGGUUACAUUAUACCAUUUAAUGAACGAGGUGGCGGAUGUGGUGCAGCUAUGAGAUCCAUGUGUAUAGGUUUGAUGUUUCCUUGUGAAGAUCAAAUCGAAAUGUUAAUUGAAAUUGCUGUUGAAAGUGGAAGGAUGACUCAUAAUCACCCCACAGGUUAUCUAGGGGCUGUUACUGCAGCUUUAUUUACAGCCUAUGCUAUACAGAAGAUGGCUCCAAAAAAAUUGGGAGCAGGACUUUUAAGUGUUUUACCCAAAGUUUGGGAAUACAUUGAGAAGGUUGGUCGUGAUGUAGAAGAAAACAAGAAAUCUUGGGCUACUUUAAAAACAGUUGGGAGUCAUAUCUGA